UCGUUGAUACGCUUCACCAACGGGCUCGGAUUUGGCAUGAAUGGAAUGAUAUUAGUUGUAAAAGCCUUGACUUAGGAAUGAACACUGGAUGCAAAUAUUAAAUUUUUACUCUGUAACUGUCUAUUUGACGUCGGGUCAUAUUUCCCAUAAUUCAAGUUCAACGUGUUGUGUUUCUGUGUGAAGAGCGGAAGCUAAUUAGCCACUAGCCUGCUUAGCUAACUGCUUCAGCAAUACAGAGCAAAGAUGGUUGAAACUAUCUUUGACCUGCCGGUGGAAAAGCAGAUAUUUUAUGCUGUCCUGGGGUUUUCAUGGACCGUCUAUCUUUGGGAGGCAUACCUUUCUUACAGACAGAGGAGGAUAUAUAGAGCAACAACCCAUGUACCACAGGAGCUGGGCAAGAUCAUGGAUUCUGAAACAUUUGAGAAAUCCCGUCUUUAUCAGCUGGAUAAAAGCAACUUUAGCUUUUGGUCUGGACUCUAUUCUGAGACUGAGGGGACGCUGAUCCUGCUACUGGGUGGAAUACCAUUUCUGUGGGGUGUCGCCGGUUCUGUGACAGCUCACUUUGGAUUCAGUCCAGAGUACGAGAUCACCCAGUCUCUCGUGUUUCUGACGCUUGCUACCCUCUUCAGUGCCUUAACUGGACUCCCCUGGAGUUUGUACAACACUUUUGUCAUUGAGGAAAAGCACGGCUUUAAUCAGCAGACGUUGGGGUUCUUCCUCAAAGAUGCCGUGAAGAAGUUUGCUGUUACCCAGUGUAUCCUGCUUCCUGUGACCUCCCUGCUCCUGUACAUCAUAAAAAUUGGUGGAGACUACUUCUUCAUCUAUGCUUGGCUCUUUACCCUAGUUGUUUCUCUGGUACUUGUAACCAUCUACGCUGAUUACAUUGCCCCCCUGUUUGACAAAUUCACACCAUUGCCAGAAGGAGAGUUAAAGACAGAGAUUGAGACCUUGGCCAAGAGCAUAAGCUUCCCCCUCACCAAAGUUUACGUAGUUGAAGGUUCUAAACGUUCAUCACACAGCAAUGCAUACUUCUAUGGGUUCUUCAAGAACAAACGCAUUGUGCUGUUUGACACUCUGCUGGAAGAUUACUCACCUCUCAACAAGGCUGGAGAGUCACAGCCCGAGCAGCCAGAGAGUGACGAGAUAUCCGGCGAGUCUAAAGCCAAGCUCAAGAACAAGAAACAAGGAUGCAAUAACCCAGAGAUCCUUGCUGUUUUGGGUCAUGAGCUUGGCCACUGGAAGCUUGGACAUACCGUCAAGAAUAUCAUCAUUAGUCAGAUGAAUUCCUUCCUGUGCUUCUCCUUAUUUGCGGUUCUGAUUGGACGUAAGGAGCUUUUUGUGGCUUUUGGCUUCACUGACAGCCAACCAACAUUAAUAGGCUUGAUGAUUAUCUUCCAGUUCAUCUUUUCUCCUUACAAUGAGCUUCUGUCUUUCUGUCUGACGGUCCUGAGUCGCAGGUUUGAGUUCCAGGCAGAUGCCUUUGCGCGUAGCAUGGGCAAAGCCUCAGAGCUUUACUCGGCUCUCAUCAAGCUUAACAAAGACAACCUUGGCUUCCCUGUUGCUGACUGGUUGUUCUCCAUGUGGCACUAUUCCCACCCUCCUCUCCUGGAGCGCCUCAGAGCACUGGGCAACAUCAAGCAAGACUGACGGGGCUGGAAGGGGGAGCGGCGAUCGCUGCCUCCUCCGAAGGGCCUCCGCAGACCUCUCCUGGCCCUGUGAUGCACCCUGGUCUUUUUCCUUCCCUUCUGCCCCCC